GCGCCCGCUCAGCCCGCCUCCUCCCUGCCGCCCCGCCCGCACCACCUCGCCGGCCGCUGUCAGAAGCGCGUUGUAUGCUGAGCAGCUGUCGUCGCCGGCUGCUGCACGUCCUGGUCCCGAGCUUCCCGCCGCUGACCCGCGGACUGCGGCUCUGCCCUCUCCAUCCCAUGAAGCCGUUGGUCGUGUUCGUUUUGGGCGGGCCCGGUGCGGGCAAGGGGACCCAGUGCGCGCGCAUUGUCGAGAAAUAUGGCUACACACACCUUUCUGCAGGAGAGCUUCUUCGUGAUGAAAGGAAGAAUCCAGAUUCACAGUAUGGUGAACUCAUUGAAAAGUACAUCAAAGAAGGAAAGAUUGUGCCAGUUGAGAUAACCAUCAGCUUAUUAAAGAGGGAAAUGGACCAAACAAUGGCAGCCAAUGCUCAGAAGAAUAAAUUCUUGAUUGAUGGAUUUCCAAGAAAUCAAGACAACCUUCAAGGUUGGAACAAGACCAUGGAUGGGAAAGCAGAUGUGUCUUUUGUUCUGUUUUUUGACUGUAAUAAUGAGAUUUGUAUUGAACGAUGUCUUGAAAGGGGAAAAAGCAGUGGUAGGAGUGAUGACAACAGAGAGAGCUUGGAAAAGAGAAUUGAGACUUAUCUUCAAUCAACAAAACCAAUUAUCGACUUAUAUGAAGAAAUGGGGAAAGUCAAGAAAAUAGAUGCUUCUAAGUCUGUUGAUGAAGUUUUUGGUGAAGUUGUGAAGAUUUUUGACAAAGAAGGCUAACUAACCCUGAAGACGUCUUUGGAAUCAUGCUUGAAUAUUGCUUUGAGAGCUGCUAUCACAGCCCCCUUUUAAGGCAAUUUUAAUCUUUCAAAAUUACAUCUCAAUUAAUGUCUAGAAAUAUAUAGUAAGACAAAUUA